UUCCCCAUUCCGGCCGCAGCCGACCUAGGUCCCAGUCCUGCCCUUUGCUCUCCUGCUUUUCACUGAGUCCCGAGGCUCUGGAGGGUGGGCGUGAGGGUAGCCCUGGCUGAGGCUCGGAGGUCCUCCCGGGCUGUUCAGAGGGCCCCAAGCGGUAGCCACGUUCUGAUACUGGCUAGAAGCCAGGGGAGGGAGCUUGGGGUAAGGGGAGGGCCCUGAGGGAGGGGUCAGACGCUUUAGGAAAGAGUUAAUGCGAAGAGGGGGAGGGGAUAGGACGAAGAAACCGAAGGGAAAGCUCAGGGCCGCCAACUUCCAGCUGCAGCGGCGACUUUCAGUUUCAUUUCCACGGACCCUCCUGCCUGGGCCGCAGCCGCCGCCGCGAUGCCCAGUAAGUUCAGCUGCCGGCAGCUCCGGGAGGCGGGCCAGUGUUUCGAGAGUUUCCUGGUCGUUCGGGGACUGGACAUGGAGACAGAUCGCGAGCGGCUGCGGACCAUUUAUAACCGCGACUUCAAGAUCAGUCUUGCCUCCAGCAAAUCCAUCCUCCAAUCCUGAUGCCAGAGUGAUCUGAAAUGCAAAUAUGAUCUUGCCACUCCCCUGCUUAAAACCCACCAACCGCAGUGGUUCUGUAACCACAGUGUAGCCUCUGACGUGGGCUGAAAGCACAAAGCCAGGCUAUUUGAUCUCUGGAGAAGGAUCCUUUCCCUUCCUGCUUGGGUUCCACCUGCACCCUAUGACUUCGGGUGGAAACUGCUGUCUGAUCAGCCACCUUGCCCACACACUUGGACAUCUGUACUGUCUCUGAUCCCUUCUCUCCUCACCAACAGGCUGGACCCCACAUCCACCCCUCUGAAUCAAAUCAUUCCGCUUCCCCUUAGCCUCAGCUCUUUCUUCUGGGUUGUUUGUAUUUUCUUUUCUGUCCCAAACAGUUUCCCCCACAAAAAGAACUUUAUGUCUUUCUCUGUCUUCCCUCAGUCCUUCCAGUCAGCAGCCUGUGAUUGGGCUUUUCCCCUCAGAAACGAACAAUCCAGAACCCACUGUUUAAAACAACUGUAUUUUGCCUUGGGAAGUCCCAUUGCCUUCCCUGAAAACAUUAAACAUUCCUCCGAUCCCCAGCCUGAGUCUGUCUGUCUCUGGGCCCCAUCCUGCUCCACAGCAGGGCUGGUGUGUCCAGCACAGAGUGACCCUCCGAUGCCCUUUCCCACCCGCCGCCCUGCCUCCCUCGAGCCCUGCCUUCCCUCACUUCCCAGUCUCCUCUGCUUCUGGCAGCUUUGGGACCCCCGCCCCUGGCUUCUCCUCCAUGCUGUAUGGAAUGAAGAUUGCAAAUCUGGCCUACGUCACCAAGACUCGGGUCAGGUUCUUCAGACUCGACCGCUGGGCCGACGUGCGGUUCCCAGAAAAGAGGAGAAUGAAGCUGGGGUCAGAUAUCAGCAAACACCACAAGUCACUGCUAGCCAAGAUCUUUUAUGACAGGGCUGAGUAUCUUCAUGGGAAACAUGGUGUGGAUGUGGAAGUCCAGGGGCCCCAUGAAGCCCGAGAUGGGCAGCUCCUUAUCCGCCUGGAUUUGAACCGCAAAGAGGUGCUGACCCUGAGGCUUCGGAAUGGCGGAACCCAGUCUGUUACCCUCACUCACCUCUUCCCACUCUGCCGGACACCCCAGUUUGCUUUCUACAAUGAAGACCAGGAGUUGCCCUGUCCACUGGGCCCCGGUGAAUGCUAUGAACUCCAUGUCCAUUGUAAGACCAGCUUUGUGGGCUACUUCCCAGCCACAGUGCUCUGGGAGCUGCUGGGACCUGGGGAGUCGGGUUCAGAAGGAGCCGGCACAUUCUACAUUGCCCGCUUCUUGGCUGCCGUCGCCCACAGCCCCCUGGCUGCACAGCUGAAGCCCAUGACUCCCUUCAAGCGGACCCGGAUCACUGGAAACCCUGUGGUGACCAAUCGGAUAGAGGAAGGAGAGAGACCUGACCGUGCUAAGGGCUAUGACCUGGAGUUAAGUAUGGCGCUGGGGACAUACUACCCACCUCCCCGCCUCAGGCAGCUGCUCCCCAUGCUUCUUCAGGGAACAAGUAUCUUCACUGCCCCUAAGGAGAUCGCAGAGAUCAAGGCCCAGCUGGAGACAGCCCUGAAGUGGAGGAACUAUGAGGUGAAGCUGCGGCUGCUGCUGCACCUGGAGGAACUGCAGAUGGAGCAUGAUAUCCGGCACUAUGACCUGGAGUCGGUGCCCAUGACCUGGGACCCUGUGGACCAGAACCCCAGGCUGCUCACGCUGGAGGUUCCUGGAGUGACUGAGAGCCGCCCCUCAGUGCUACGGGGCGACCACCUGUUUGCCCUUUUGUCCUCGGAGACACACCAGGAGGACCCCAUCACAUAUAAGGGCUUUGUACACAAGGUGGAAUUGGACCGUGUCAAGCUGAGCUUUUCCAUGAGCCUCCUGAGCCGCUUUGUGGAUGGGCUGACCUUCAAGGUGAACUUUACCUUCAACCGCCAGCCGCUGCGAGUCCAGCACCGUGCCCUGGAGCUGACGGGGCGCUGGCUGCUGUGGCCCAUGCUCUUUCCUGUGGCACCUCGGGAUGUCCCGCUGCUGCCCUCAGAUGUGAAACUCAAGCUGUACGACCGGAGUCUGGAGUCAAACCCAGAGCAGCUGCAGGCCAUGAGGCACAUUGUUACGGGCACCACCCGUCCAGCCCCCUACAUCAUCUUUGGGCCUCCAGGCACCGGCAAGACUGUCACGUUAGUGGAGGCCAUUAAGCAGGUGGUGAAGCACUUGCCCAAAGCCCACAUCUUGGCCUGCGCUCCAUCCAACUCAGGGGCUGACCUCCUCUGUCAAAGGCUCCGGGUCCACCUUCCUAGCUCCAUCUACCGCCUCCUGGCCCCCAGCAGGGACAUCCGCAUGGUACCUGAGGACAUCAAGCCCUGCUGCAACUGGGACGCAAAGAAGGGGGAGUAUGUAUUUCCCGCCAAGAAGAAGCUGCAGGAAUACCGGGUCUUAAUUACCACCCUCAUCACUGCCGGCAGGUUGGUCUCGGCCCAGUUUCCCAUUGAUCACUUCACACACAUCUUCAUCGAUGAGGCUGGCCACUGCAUGGAGCCUGAGAGUCUGGUAGCUAUAGCAGGGCUGAUGGAAGUAAAGGAAACAGGUGAUCCAGGAGGGCAGCUGGUGCUGGCAGGAGACCCUCGGCAGCUGGGGCCUGUGCUGCGUUCCCCACUGACCCAGAAGCAUGGACUGGGAUACUCACUGCUGGAGCGGCUGCUCACCUACAACUCCCUGUACAAGAAGGGCCCUGAUGGCUAUGACCCCCAGUUCAUAACCAAGCUGCUCCGCAACUACAGGUCUCAUCCCACCAUCCUGGACAUUCCUAACCAGCUCUAUUAUGAAGGGGAGCUGCAGGCCUGUGCUGAUGUCGUGGAUCGAGAACGCUUCUGCCGCUGGGCGGGCCUACCUCGACAGGGCUUUCCCAUCAUCUUUCACGGCGUAAUGGGCAAAGAUGAGCGUGAAGGCAACAGCCCAUCCUUCUUCAACCCUGAAGAGGCUGCCACAGUGACUUCUUACCUGAAGCUGCUCCUGGCCCCCUCCUCCAAGAAGGGCAAAGCCCGCCUGAGCCCUCGAAGCGUGGGCGUCAUCUCCCCGUACCGGAAACAGGUGGAGAAAAUCCGUUACUGCAUCACCAAACUUGACAGGGAGCUUCGAGGACUGGAUGACAUUAAGGACUUGAAGGUGGGUUCAGUGGAAGAAUUCCAAGGCCAAGAACGAAGCGUCAUCCUCAUCUCCACCGUGCGAAGCAGCCAGAGCUUUGUGCAGCUGGAUCUGGACUUUAAUCUGGGUUUCCUUAAGAACCCCAAGAGGUUCAAUGUAGCUGUGACCCGGGCCAAGGCCCUGCUCAUCAUCGUGGGGAACCCCCUUCUCCUGGGCCAUGACCCUGACUGGAAAGUAUUCCUGGAGUUCUGUAAAGAAAACGGAGGGUAUACCGGGUGUCCCUUCCCUGCCAAACUGGACCUGCAACAGGGACAGAAUUUACUGCAAGGUCUGAGCAAGCUCAGCCCCUCUACCUCAGGGCCCCAUAGUCAUGACUACCUCCCCCAGGAGCGGGAGGGUGAAGGGGGCCUGUCUCUGCAAGUGGAGCCAGAGUGGAGGAAUGAGCUCUGAAGACACAGCACCCAGCCUUCUCGCACCAGCCAAGCCUUAACUGCCUGCCUGACCCUGAACCAGAACCCAGCUGAACUGCCCCUCCAAGGGACAGGAAGGCUGGGGGAGGGAGUUUACAACCCAAGCCAUUCCACCCCCUCCCCUGCUGGGGAGAAUGACACAUCAAGCUGCUAACAAUUGGGGGAAGGGGAAGGAAGAAAACUCUGAAAACAAAAUCUUGUUCUAUGCAAAA